GCUACGCUGAGCGAGCCGCAGUGAGAGAGUCUCCCCCUCUGGUCGUGUUCUGUUUGGAAGCCCACCCUCUGUUUACCUCAGGAAUUUCCUGACUUUCAGUUCGACAGCAGCCACAAAAUGUCGUCGGGGGAUGAUCUAACACACUUUUGUCGGAGGAGCGGUAUAGAUUUACCUCGCCCAGAUUUAUCAUGCUCUUGGAGUACAGGGAGUACGGACGGACCUCAAGAGAUGUCUGAACUGAGGAUUGUCCUGCUGGGCAAGAACAGUACAGAGAUCAGCAGAGUGGGAAACUCCAUCCUGAACAGAGAUGCAUUUGAUACUGAAGCUCCUCCUCCUUCAGUAGAGCAGCACAGUGAGAGAGCCAGAGGAAAUGUGGAGGGAAGAUACAUCACCCUAAUCAACACUCCUCACCUGUUUGAUCCUGAUAUCUCUGUGUAUCAGAUCACGGUGCGGAUUAAAGAGUGCAUGUCUUUGUGUGCUCCUGGACCUCAUGUUAUAGUGCUGGUUCUACAGCCAAACGACUUCACUGAGACAGACAGCAGCCGAAUGGAUCACAUCCUCAGCUCUCUGUUUGAGGAAGCCCAUAAAUACACCCUGGUUCUGACAACACAGGACAAAGAAACUGGCACCAGUUUAGAUCCAGUUCAGGAGAAGAUCAUACAGAAAGUCGUCACAAAAUACAGUAACAGACAUUUAGAGUGGAUUAAGUGUUGUCGUGCUUCUUUUGUGGAAAUUAUUGAAAACGUAGUUGAAGAGAAUGGAGGGAGUCUUAUCUGUGAGGAGUUUGAGGAGGCUCCACUUGCUUUGGAACGAAAAGGGUCUGAGCGAAAAACAGAGGUGUCAGUGCUUUAUCAUAGAAAAGGCCUAAAGCAAAAAGAAACAGAAGAACUACAAGAGUAUGACCAAACAGAACUGGAAGAACAUGAGGAGACAACACAAUUGCGUUCAAAUGGAUAUGAUCAAACAAAACAGCUAUGGUUUGAACAGGAUCUGCCUAAACAGAAGAAAAGUAGAACUCUAUUGACUAAUAUGACUAAACACUUCAGUGCAUCUAAACAAAGAUCAAAUGUAGUCCUGCUUGGGAGGGAACACAAAGCAAAGACUUCAAUAUCUAAACUUCUACUUGGUAAAAAGAUCUCAACAUCUCACCAGAGAGUAAACCGGCUCAAGUCUAGCUCAGUGUGUGUGAGGAGGGAGGGAGAAGUGUGUGGACAUCUGAUCAGUCUUGUGGAGAUGCCAGCUCUCUACAACACUCAGCUCUCAGAGGAGGAAGUGAUGCAGAAGACUUUCCACUGUGUCUCUGUCUGUGAUCCUGGAGUUCAUGCCUUUUUCAUAGUUAUUUCUGAAGGCCGCCUCACUGAUGAAGACAAAGGAGAAAUGGAGAUGAUCCAGAGAAUCUUCAGCUCAAGACUUAACAAGAACACUAUAGUCCUGAUCAGCCGGCAAUCUCGGAGCAAAGAACUAGAUGACGAUGUUAAGACAGUAAUAAAGGAUUUUGGCAGACGAUACAAAUUUGUUGAUGGCAGAACAAAUGCAACACAGCUAAUUAAAUGUUUGAAGGUACUUCAUACAGAGAACAGAGGGUGCCUGUACACCCUGGACAUGUAUGUAGAUGCCCAGAUUGAAACACAGCUGAAAUACAAAAGAGAGAUUGAAAAUCUACGACAGAAAAUCAGUGAUCUUACACUGAUGAACUCAAGUCAAACACAAGGUUCAUCAAAAAGCCCUGAGGCCUUGCGGAUUGUUCUGCUGGGGAAGACUGGAGUUGGGAAGAGUGCGACAGGAAACACCAUCUUGGGGAAAGAGGAUGUGUUUAUGGAAGAUAUUGGUGGAUCAGUUACAGCUGUGUGUCAGAAAGAGUCAGCUGACAUAAAUGGAAGGCAAAUCACUGUGAUUGACACUCCAGGACUGUUUGAUACAAAUGUUCCUAAUGUGGAGGUCACUAAAGAGAUCACUAAGUGCAUCUUCAUGGCAGCUCCAGGUCCACAUGUGUUCCUGCUGGUGCUGAGCAUCGGACAGCGCUUUAGACAAGAGGAGCAAGACACAGUGAAUAUGAUCAGAGAUACAUUUGGUGAGAAAUACAAAAUGUACACUAUAGUGGUCUUCAGUAAAGGAGAUUUGCUAAAAGGAAACACAGUUGAACAGUACAUAGAGAAGUGUGGACCAACCUUGAAGAGAUUUCUGUUUGACUUUGGUAACAGAUAUCAUGUGCUCAACAACAGCAAUAAAAGCUGCUCCACCCAGGUCACUGAUCUACUAGAGAAGAUCGACUCCAUGGUGACAGUGAAUGGAGGGAGCUGCUACACUAACGAGAUGUUCCAGCAAGUAGAGAAAGAAAUACUAACACAACAGCAGAGAAUACUGAAGGAGAAAGAGAUUGAGAUAGAAAGAGAGAAAGAAAAACUGAAAGCUAAACAUGAAGCUGAAAUGACAACAGCAGACAAUAGCAAAGGAGAGGGAAUAGAGAUACAGAAAGAAAGACAAGAAGCAAGAAGACAAAAAGAGCUGCAGUUAAAAAAUGAGAUGACCGAAAGGGAAAGGUUACAAAGAGAAGACAUGAAGAAAAGAAGAGAGGAAGAUGAGAAGAAGAUGCAAGAGUGGAUGGCUGAGAUAAACAGAGAAAGAGAGGAGAACAGAAAACGGUGGGAGAAACAAAGAGAGGAAGAUCAGAGACAGAGAGAUCAGGAGGAGGAGGAAAGAAGAAAGAAAGAAGAAGAAUGGAAGAAGAAACAGAAAGAGGAAAGAGAGAAGUUUGAGAAAGAAAGAGAAGACAUGGAGAAGAAUAUAAGAGAAGAACUAAUGAAAUUACAGCUGGAGUAUAUACAGAAGGCAGCAGAGGAGGAGAAAAGACAAAAGGAGCUGGAAGAGAAAAUCCAGCAUGCAGGGGAAAGUGAAAAGAAGGCGCUACAAGAGCUGCAGUUAACUCAGCAGAGAGAGUGGAUAAAGAGGAUGGAGGAGGAGGAGAAGAGGAGAGAAAAACAACUGAAACAUUGGGAGAAAACAAUUGCAUCAAUGGAGGAAGCCUGGUAUUUACAGCAGGCUAGAAAGCAAAAACAUUAUGAAUGGGAAAAGCAAAAAGGAAAGGAGGAGAGAGAUUUAAAAGAAAAGGAGAGAAAAGAGAAAGAAGAACAAGAGAGGAAAAGAAUAGAAAAUGAGGCAAAUGAAAAAAUAAGACAGAUGAAGGAACAACUGGAAGCACAAAGAGAGAAAGAGGAGAAAGAAAGAAAAGAAGAGGAUGAACAACUCAGAAAGGAACAAGAACAAUUCCUGACGCAGAUGGAGACGUUUAGAAAAGAGAGAGAAGAGGUAGAGACAAUGUGGAAUGAAAUUGAAAGGAGAAACCUUGAAUUAAUUAUAGAAAUUCACACCAAAGAGAUGGAGUACCUUAAAACACAGACUGAACAAACAGCAAGAAGACAGGCAGAGGAGAAGUUUCAUGCCAAACUUGAUGAAAAGGUAAAAGAGGCGAGAGACAAAGGAUUUGCAGACAGCUGUGCAGAGGUAGAGGCAGAAAGAGGUUUGCAUCGAUUUGUUAAUUUUGUUUGUGGAACAAAUAAAGAUGAAGUAGCGAAAAAUGAGUGAAAAUCUGAUAUGAAAGGGUGUUCGGAAUACCGAUUCUACUUUGGAAAAGUGAAAGGAGUACGGACACUUUCUACACCUCAUUCAGGAGCUGAAACUUUGAAUUAUGAUCUCUCAUUCAUAGCCCGGAUCUCCGUAACUCAGUUUGAGCUGAUUUUAGAGAGCAGCACAAAGCUAAUGAGGUGAAUGUCUCCAACUGCAAAUAUGUGAUGCUCCUCACAGAUAGAGCAAGUGGUGACAUUGGGCUACUUUGCAUUUUGAAAAAGUAGCAGGAAGAGCUUCAUCACUUCACUAAACUUUCAGUGCUUACACAUAAGAUGAAUGUUUGUCACUGGAGCCAGUGGUGUUGGAAAACAUAUACAUUGGUGUUACAGACCGUGACUGCGAGGCCUGUCCCCUUCUAGUAUGCGUGCAUAUGUUUACCUUUUUGCCUACUACUUUAUUGUUAGCAGAUGGUUUCAACAUCUUCAGCUAACAUGGCUAAUCCAGCAUUUUGGUGAUAGUCUAUUUUCACCAUUGUUUACUCACUCUGUAGACGAUAGCUGAUGUUAUCGUACUUUAAUAGAUGUGAAGGAAUUCUUUUACAAAGAGUUUAUAUCCUUUAUUCAGCUUUGACUCUUACACACAUUGUGUGUUUGGUGUUCUUUAACAAUUCUGGACACAUCCUUCAAUUUCAGUCUUGGCAAUUAUGACAUAGAUGAAGUGACAUACUUUUCCAUGGUGAGCUAAAGUGAAAUGAACAGCAGUAUUUCUGAGGGUAAUAAUGGACCGUAUGGCAAUAGAAGAUUUUAUUUUAGUCACUGUUUACAUUUCUGUUUCUUGUGAAAAGGGCCUAUUGGUCACAGCAAUGAUGUCACCAGUGAAAGUUCACAAGAAUGAACAGAGGGCCAAGAAUAUCAUGUUGCAUUUUUACCAUCUGAAAAAUCAGGAGGUCAAACACAUGCUCUAAUUAAUUUACUGUUGUCCAAAUAAAUCAUGUUUAGUUUGUAAAAGCCUUAACCAUUCUUAAUUGUUAUGUAUUACUGUUAAAAAUCAUAGAUGAGCAAUUCACGUCUUGUUUCUAUUCCUGGACAUCACUAAACAUAUGACACUACUUAACCACUACUGAGAUCACUACAUCAAUAGUGGACAGACUAUUAGACUUUUUUCUCCAUUAUCAAAUAAUUAUUUCUCAUUUAUGGGAAUGUUUUUAUGUGUUAAUGAUGUGUCAGUUCUGUGCACUGCUUUACAUGUUUUACUCAGGCUGAGUAAUAUGACUGACAGUAUUUAUUGUUAUCAUGAGAAUUUUGUAACAAUGUCACAAUAUGCUUUUCUGUAUUUACAGUAUUUUAAAAUCAGUUCCCAACUGCGUGUUGAUUAGAAAUAAGGUUUAAUUUGAAAACUGCAGCAAAAAAUGUUUUUAAUAAUAAUUAUAAAAACGACAUCAGAUUCAGAAAAAAAUAUUAAUUAUGACAUCACAAAUCAUGAAAACUAAAUUUUUUGUGAUAUCAUCCACCUCUGUUUUACUAAUCAUUGAGUCAUAUAAUUGUAAUCAUAAAGUAUUAUCAUCAUUGUAUUACCUCUCAUAUUUAUGUAAUCAGGAUUCAAGAAGAUCAUUUUUUUGGGGUAUCUGUGUGGCCUGUAGUAUCUACAGUCAGCUCCAUAAAUUGUUGGCACCCUACAUAAAAAAACGUAAAAAUCAUAAAAAACCAAAAAAUCAUAUAAAAUAAACAACACAUAUAAUUAAUCAAUCCAUUUUUUUUCAUUGCUCUUGGGGCUGUACUACAGAAACUUCUAGGUCUGAAAUCUUGUCUCUUUAGUCACCAUGACAACAUCAGUUAGGACUGAGUUUAGGACAGAAACUAUUACAGAACAUCAGUUCUUAAGUUUAUAAUCUUAUCCAUUAACUCCGGAUAAGAAAACAGUAUUACAGAAACAUUCUAACUAGACAGAAUUUCAUAAAUUCUGUCCUAACUUUGAGGCACUUAUUUAACAGCAUUUUUUAAAUCCCAUAUGCUGCAGGCAUCUCCACCAUCCCCUCUUAUUACCUUUGUGUGUUAUGUUGAUGAAAACUCAUCAGAUAAAAUAUCACAGUGAUUAUGGUGAAUAAUGAGGAGACAGAGCUGAACAUGUGUCUGUUAAUUAGGAGGAAUAAUGUUAGCGUGGUUGGCUAAAGCAUUUGGGAAGCUGAAACUGGAGAGCGGCAUUGCACAAAGCGCUGUCACAAUACUCAUAGUUUAUUGCGCUUCACUUCUGUUUGACCUUUUUUACAUCAGUAGCUAAUUGGUAGCUAACAUUAGCUGUCUGGCUAGCUAACUUGACAUGACAGUUGAUUGACUUUGAGUCGAGUAGGUUAAGAUUUACUAACUUGAGUUAAGAUGCUGUAAGAUAAGAUUCCUAAAUUAAGAUAAGAUUUGCUUCUGUAAUUCAAAUUUGUGAAAAAUCUUAUCUUGACCUGUCAGAUCUUAACCUAUGACAGAAAGAGAGGAAGUUUCUGUAAUAUGGCCUCAGGUCUCUAGAAACCCCAUUGCUGUUUAUGACCAUUUUAUUCCCACACAUAGAACUCCUUUGUAAAACUCAUCCAUCGGUAUCAUUGUAAAUAUUGAUAAAUAUUGAAUUAUUUAUUUAUUUUUUUUACAUAAGUUUGUUUUAUAAAACAUGACAGUGAUAUGGGGGAAAUGCUGAAACUAGAAAAUGGACAUGUAAUUGUAAUUAAUAUGUUUUAUCUGUAAUUCUUAAUAAUGGAGAUUAUCCCUUGUGUAAUCUGUUUCACUGUAACACUGAGGGUUACCCAGAGUUCUUUGUGGUUCUCUUAAUUAAAAUGAAUGUGUGUGUGGGUGUCUGUGUGUGUGUGAUGUUAUCCCCAUGCUAAAGCCCUUUCCCUUUUGAGUUGAAGAAACCUUUUUUUUUUUGUUUUACCACCAGAUAAAAUUGUAAAAUUAUCCAGUGUUCUGUAUGAAGUGAAGGACUUGGCCUGUGAAUACUCUUGUGAAAAGGCAAUACUUUAAUAUGAUAGUAGUGUACUUAAACUAUAUGUGGGAUGCUCAGUUGUUUUACUUUAUACUUAACUUUAACCUAUUGAAUUUAUACCUUAGUGCACUUUGAAAAAGAAUACGUCAAUGAAAUAUAUUGAAAUAUAAAAUAUAUUGCUUUCACUUCAUGAUAAAACUAUACUGUGUAUGUGUGUGUGUGUGUGUGUGUGUGUGUGUCAUAAGAGCAUGUAUUGUGUCUGUGUUAAAACUGUUGAUAAAGUAUGCUUAAAAUGUAUUAAUUUUGUGUUGAAACAGUGCUUCAAUAAAUUGUUUGCAGUGGACUAUA